AAACCCCUUCAAAAGAUACCAACCAUCAACACCAAAGAAGAGAAACAAAGCAAAGGAAGAACACAAUACAAGUAGCAAACCCGGCCAAAGGUAAUGGCAUACCUCUCCAUAGCUAUCUCCUUGAUCUUUCUCCUCUACGGCCCCGCACUAAGCCAAGCACAGCCUGCGGCUGCUCCCGCACCACCAGGGCCAACAAACAUCACAAAGAUACUCGAAAAGGCCGGGCAGUUUGGGACGAUGAUUCGGCUGCUCAAGAGCACAAGUACAGCUGAUCAGAUCAAUGGCCAGCUCAAUAACUCCAACAAUGGCCUUACAGUGUUCGCUCCGACGGAUAAUGCAUUCACCAACCUACCCUCGGGAACACUCAAUUCACUCACUGAUCAGCAGAAGGUUGCUCUCAUCCAGUUCCAUGUGCUUCCUAACCUCAUGACGAUCACUCAGUUCCAGACAGCAAGCAAUCCCCUAAGAACUCAAGCCGGAGAUUCAAGCGAUGGAAAGUACCCUUUAAAUGUUACUGCUGUAGGGAACCAGGUGAACAUCUCAACCGGGAUCGUCAAUACAACAGUGUCCAACACCAUAUACUCUGAUGGUCAGCUCGCAGUUUACCAGGUUGAUAAGGUACUCCUCCCUCUGGAUAUCUUCAGACCUUCAGUCGCACCAGCUCCGGCUCCCACCAAAGCAAAGAAGAAAGAAGCUCCGGCUGAUCUAGGGCCUUCAUCGAGUUCCUCAAAGGACUCCUCUGAAUCCUCUGAUGCCGGAACCCUUAAGUGGAGGAAUUCUCGAGAUAUUGCAUGUGCUGCACUUGUUGGUUUCCUCUACUGGAUUCUCUGAAGUGCUGCAACCCUUUUCUGAUAUUGUGAUGAGCAGUCGUCUUGAUUUCAGGUUAAGGUUUGUGAUUUGAGAAUUUCUUUUCUAUUGUGCUUCAUGAUCCUUUCCCAUUCAAAUUUUGUGUUGUGUAUCAUUCAUAUAUAAAUAUUUGUUUGUGAGAUAUAAGUAAGUGAUUCUCUUUCACAGAAAUUUGAUGAUUGUAUGUCUCA